GACUUGGAGAAUGGAGCUAGAGAGGAUUAUAAAUCAUUCAGGUAGGUGCAAGUAAAAUCCCAGCAUGAAGCAUUACUGCGGGCAAUGCUGUUACUGAAAGAUAAAGUGACCAUACCUAAAGAUCAUCACCAUGGGUGAAAUGGAGCAAUUGCGAAAGGAGGCGGACAGUCUCAAAGACCAGAUCACUGCAGCUCGUAAGGCAGUGCAGGACACCACACUGCAGGAGGCAGCGGCUGGGAUCACCGUGGUGGGGCGUGUUCAGAUGAAGACCAGGAAAACACUAAGGGGACACCUUGCCAAGAUCUAUGCUAUGCACUGGGCCACUGACUCCAAACUGUGUGUCAGUGCCUCACAAGAUGGAAAACUCAUAGUGUGGGACAGCAUCACAACCAACAAGGUGAAUGCCAUCCCACUCAAGUCAUCAUGGGUGAUGACUUGCGCCUAUGCACCCUCGGGAAACCUAGUGGCUUGUGGUGGUCUGGACAAUAUGUGCUCCAUAUACAAUCUCAAGGGAAAGGAUGGGAACGUCAAGGUCAUGCGUGAGCUGGCGGCACACACGGGUUACCUGUCCUGCUGUCGUUUCCUUAGUGACAGUGAGAUCAUCACCAGCUCCGGCGACUGCACUUGCGUACUAUGGGACAUUGAGACAGGAACCCAAAAGACCGUCUUUGCAGGACACCAGGGAGACUGCAUGUCCCUGGCCGUGUCCCCAGACUUCAAGUUUUUCAUCUCAGGGGCGUGUGACUUCACGGCCAAGCUGUGGGACAUCAGGGAGGGCGCAUGCAGACAGACCUUUGGAGGGCAUGAGAGUGACAUCAAUGCAAUUGGGUUCUUCCCCAAUGGUAACGCAGUGAUAACCGGGUCCGAUGAUGCUACUUGUAAGUUGUACGACUUGCGAGCUGACCAAGAGCUCAUCACCUACCAGGACUCCAGCAUCAUGUGCGGGGUGACCUCCCUGGCACCCUCCCUGUCUGGACGCCUGAUACUGGCUGGCUAUGACGACUUCAACGUCAACAUCUGGGACUCUCUUAAAGCUGAGAGAGUGGGAGUGCUGGCUGGUCACGACAACAGAGUCAGCUGUAUCGGAGUGUCAGCAGAUGGCAUGGCGUGUUGCACAGGAUCCUGGGACAGCUUCCUCAAGAUAUGGAACUGAGGCUGUCCCUCACCAGUGAGCAGGAAGAGAGCAGUUAACAUCUGCCUGGGAGAAAGUGAAGGAGAUAAAAAAAGAUAUUGGAGUUUGAGGGAGGGAUGAGGGACGAGGAGCUGCAUAGGGUGAGAAGAGGGUAUUUUAAUUGUGCCAAGUCCUAUCUAAUGUUGGAGAGGGAUUGUAAUGUGAAGAUUUUCUCCUCUGUCACAUUGCGCUCUCACCUUUCUUCUCACGUUAUGGGGGAAUUUGGGGUGGGACAUUGAAAAGACCAUUCCUCUUAAUUGUGAAUUAUAUUGCGGUUCAAAUCAAUAACUUAUGCACAUGUAUCGCAGCAAUUCCAAAAUCACCCAAUGAGAACAGUUGCCAAAUGGAAAUGGUAGCACACUGGAUGAGAUAGAACUGAAAAUGUGUCAAGUUACAGCCUGUGUAGGUUCACACUAGCUCUACUAAUAUGCUGUGUUUUAUAUCAAGCAUAAGUUAUAUCAUAUGAAUAAUAUGAGCAUUUGCGUUUUUGUUUCAGACUGUUGUUGGUUCGUAGUUUUUGGUAGUUUCCCUAGAUGCUUACAUUUACAUUCUUCUCAUUUUCUAAUUUCAAUUAAAAUGGAGUUAUAGUUUGCAGAUGUCUACAUUAGUGUUUGAGUUGUUUUGUAUGUGAUUGAUGGACAAUAUUUUCCAGGAUUUGGGGUCUCAUCAUUUGGACUAACCCCCAGGGUUAGACCUGAAAAGUGCUUUGGGUAAACUGUUGAACUUACAGAUGGGAAAAUAAAAAGGUUUUU